AUGCAUCUACGAGCAGUCCACGCCGAAUCACGCAUCCCGGUCCUCAGAGACCUCAUCCGCUCAUAUCCCCUCGGCGUCCUCACCACCGCCAUCCCAUCCUCCACCGAACCCUUGAUUCAAGCAACUCACAUCCCCUGGGUCCUCGACGUCCAAGACGAGUCCAGCGAAACCGAGCUCGGUGUCCUCCGCGGCCACUUGGCCCGCCAGAACCCCCAUAGCAAGGCCAUGAUUGAGUCCGUCUCCUCCAGCAACACCACCAACACCAACGUCCUGGAGCAAGAUGUCCUGGUCCUCUUCACCGCCGCCCCCUCGCACUACGUCACGCCCCAGUUCUAUACCGAGACGAAGCCAUCGACUGGUAAAGUAGUCCCCACGUGGAACUACGCCGCCGUCCAGGUAUACGGCAAGGCCAGCAUCUACUACGACUCCAAGUCAGAUGAGACGUCCAACUUUCUUACGCGCCAAAUCACCGAUUUGACCAACCACACCGAGAUUUCCAUCAUGGACUAUACCGGCCAGAACGGCCGCCCCGAUCAGUGGAAGGUGACGGAUGCGCCGGACCGCUACAUCGAGCUGCUCAAGAAGAACAUCAUCGGCAUCGAGGUCACCAUUGACAAGCUCCAGGGCAAGUUCAAGAUGAGCCAGGAGAUGAGCAAGGGUGAUCGGGACGGUGUUGUCAGGGGGUUUGCGAGACUCGAGUCGGAUGUUGCGAGGGCCGUUUCCGAGGUUGUCCAGGAGAGGAGCGAGAUGAGGGAGGCUGCGAAGCGAUGA